AUGUCGCUGUUGUACCAAAGUUCUAUACGGGGUCGGACCAUCGCCUCCUCCGAGGAAGAUUUUCCUUCAAAAGGAGAGCAGAGAAAGCCGCCAAGUUUAGAGAGGGAUCUCUUCACUAUGCUAGACGGCUUUUGGGAAGAUUCCGCAAUGGGCAACAUCGACGAGGAAUAUGACCGGCUUGUUAAACACCUUCAUAACUGCGCGAAGAAGACUGAGAGUUUUGAAACAACCAAGAGACGCCUGUCUCUUGAAACUCUUGAGCUAAUACGCCAGCGUGGAGCAGCACGAGCCGCAGGAAACCAAGAAAUCACGUCCGAGCUCGCAAAGCUUUGCAGAGAGGCGAUAAAGGAAGAUCUUUAA